UGAUCAUAUCGAUAUCUAUGCGUCAAUUUUUUGUGUGAGUAGCAGGUUACGUUGGGUAAUAGCCUCUUGCUAUACGUCACUCAUUCCUGUUCUGCUUCAUGCAUCAUUUUGUUGCAAAAAAGAGUUUGAGGAUGCCCCCAGUAGAAGGAUUGCAAAUUUUUAUGAGUAGGUGCGUCAAGUUCUUUGGAUGCAAACUGCAAGUGGGGAAGUCUUCGAUUUCAAUGUCACGUCGUGGCGUGUUAAUGCAGUGCUUGGUCGUAUAACAACACGCAGAAGAAUUUGAAUCUUUACGAGUAGUCCACUCUUUCUCCUCCUCUUGCAAAGAACGUGCGUGGUGUGCCUCCACCUUGAGCAGCAAAAAAAAGCAAAAAAAAGUUCGUGCUGCUGCACGAGACUACAACUAGUUGCAGGCGUCUAAUACGGAUAUCCAAAAGAAGAGACUCAACAAGCGUGACCGACAAAAGAAGAGAACUCAGCAGUCACCAGGAUCGCCGCAGAACCUCCAGAAGCACCUAUAAUUACCAAUCACGACAACAAAUAUUUCGCGAACAGGAUGCGGACUGAGUAAUAUUUCUUCUUCUUCUUUUACUGGAUUCACAUUAUCGGGUUAGUUACUUUGAAGUCCCUUCUAGUUCGAUUCCGGCGUCAUAUGGGUUUGAAUUUCUUGUCAUCCAGCAUCAGAAUUAAAUUUCCAAAUUUCAAAACUAAAACACACCAGCAUUGCGAGUGGUCUCACCUUGGCGAAGAGUACUAAAUGGGCCGUUUUUCAAGAACAACAGUGCCUCAGGAAAAGAGGACAACAGGCAUACGAAGAGAAACUACAGAAAGAAGAAAAACUUCAGUUACGAACUCACUCGUAAUUUUUUUAGUUAAGUACCCACCUUGAAUAAAUGUAGUAUGAAAUUCCUCCACGCUAAUUUUACUCUUGAUUCUCUCUUUUGCUCAGGACCAUUGAACUUUUUUUUACUUGUCUUUGAAUGACUGACCUAGACGACGACUUGUUUUAGACCUUAUUAAUAUUUGACUCUCUGUCAGCUAAGCCCGAUAGCUACUCCACCUAUUAGCCUGCCACUUACGAGGACCACCACGGAGUGUCAUACUAGAUUAUAGCCACUCCUAUUAGCCACUUACGAGGACGACCAGACUAGAUUCGUUUUAGUCCUUUUUUUCAGGUUGGUAGUCUUGAAUAUCUCCCGACUUCCUUGAAGAUGACAACCUCCUUAGUAGAACAGUGGUGUUCAAGGAAGUCUAACCUCCUUGAAGAUGACAGCCUCCUUUAGUGGUUCAUCCGAAAGGGUGUUGUCAUCGUAGCGGUCGUUCAAGCUUUUUUCGCGUGCUGUGCGUUGCUUUUUUUUUGUGCUGUGCUUUGCUUUUUUUUUGUGCUGUGCUGCAGUUUCUUUUUUUGGUCCGAAAUGUUUAGUUUAGAUAUAUAUUCACGUCUCGUCCCGACUCUCUUGAAGAUGACAACUAUCAGGAGGGGUGGUACUAUUUUGAUCGCCGGCCUUUAACAAUGCGACGCCAAGCGAGGCAAGCGGCACAAGGCAUCUUUUCAGCAAUAGACGCGGAGAGGGGUAAGAUUUUGACUCCAUUCAACUCUUGGCAGAAACGUCAGUGAAGAAGUCAAACGGUGUUGACAUAGAUGAAAGUAGUAGCAGACGUAGAUGUAGUUUCUACGCCUCCUAGUCGUACUAGUACUAGUCGUGUACAACAGCUGGGCAGCUGUUGCACAAAUCGCAGGAGAAAUAUAAAAAACAACUUACUAGUUCUAGUAAGUACUAAACGAAAACUUAUGGUAGUACUUCGCAAACUCAACCUCAACCAUGAUCGUCUUUUGAUACCAGCUUCCUUGAGCGGAUCGGAGAGCUAUUCUGGUGCAGGGACGACUCAUUCCGGUGCAGGAGAUGAAAGCGACUUAUGAAGAGAACAUGCGUUUGCUCUUUUUUCUACCUCCUACUACAACUCCUUAAUACAACGUUUACAUGCUCACUCUUCUCGCGUACAUCGGAAAAACACGCGGAUGUAGUUGUGGUUGUCCAUAUUUGUGGCUAUUAUUAUAAUCGGCAACGACACCAUUACCCUAAAAAGCCGCCCAUCUUCCUCUAACUCCCCAAGAAGUGAGACGAAUCGUGAGAGAAAGACGACGCUCCACCAGACCAGCGUGGACAACUAAUGGCUACAACCUAAACUUCAACCGUGACGUGUUUAGGCCAUUAGAGGGUUAUGCAAAACAAAGAGCGACCAUCUACGAAUGGGAGACAAGUACUAGUUUGCUUCUAAGUAACCUAAGCACAUCAACAUGUAGGUGUGCUAUAAAUUACUUCAAUCAUGAUCUUCUAGUUCUACGAUUUAGUAGUUAUGGGAGUAGACACGUACUAUUUUACUUCAACAAGAACAAUUGAGGAGGUCCGCUAAUAUCGAGAAGGACUACUAGAAAAAUAUUCGCCAUCCUAUCUUCUCAGGAGAACCCGACGAAUUUCGGAAGGCGGCGAUGCAGCUACCACAGGGUAUAGCUUGUAGCUCUACCGGUUCCCUGAGCAAACGUCAGGAUCUGCGACUUUCGAAGUAGAAUACCUACACAUCUACUUCACAUUCACAACACGCACGCUCAAGAACGUCAUCCGCCUGCUGCUGCAUAAUAAGCAUAUUAGCUCAAGUCAUCAUCUUUAUCUUGGCUGAUGGCGAAUAUCGACAUGAUGUCAUAACACCACCGACUCACAGACGCACAGAUGACACAAUGAUCAACUACGACGACGUUUUCUGUUAGACAUAUAGAUACGGAACAAGAAUUGAUGCGUCCCUCUCGAGUCUGUUCUCCUGAGGAUGCAAGUUCUUGUUUUUUCGUGUCAUGAUAGAGGAUGUAAGAAUCUUCCACAU